GAGCGCGCUGGGGGCCGUUGGAGCGGAGCGGGUCGCGACAUGAAGGCAGCCAGAAUGAAGACCCCACGGAGGCCGGUGCCGAAGAAGCCAUCGAACCCCUGCGUGAAGGACCCGGUUGGGGUGUACUGCAGGGUGAGGCCGCUGAGCCGCCCGGACCAGGAGUGCUGCAUUGAGGUGAUCGAUGAGACCACGGUGCAGAUCCACCCGCCCGAGGGGUACCGGGUAUUCCGCAACGGGGAGUACCGGGAGACACAAUAUUCCUUUAAAGAGGUCUUUGGCACCCUUGUUGUUCAGAAGCAGCUCUUUGACGUGGUGGCUAAGCCUCUAGUGGAAGAUCUCAUUCGGGGGAAAAAUGGUCUCCUUUUUACGUAUGGUGUGACAGGCAGUGGGAAAACACACACCAUGACAGGCUCUCCUGGUGAUGGAGGACUUCUCCCUCGGUGUUUGGAUAUGAUCUUCAACAGCAUAGGACCCUUCCAGGCCAAGCGAUUUGUUUUUAAGCUUGAUGACAAGAACGGUGUGGAUGUUCAGUGUGAAGUAGAUGCCCUAUUAGAGCGCCAGAAAAGAGAUGCCAUGCCUAUUCCAAAAACUCCAUCGGGCAAGCGACAAAUCGAUCCGGAGUUCGCGGAUAUGAUCAAUGUGCAGGAUCACUGCAAAGUGGAAGACGUUGAUGAAGAUAAUGUCUACAGUGUCUUUGUCUCCUAUAUUGAGAUCUACAACAACUACAUCUAUGACCUCCUGGAAGAAGCUCCCUUUGAGCCUAUAAAACCAAAGUGGAACAAUUGCAACACUCCUGUGCGAAAUGGUGACUUUAUACCUCCACAGUCCAAAAUACUUCGUGAGGACCAGAAUCACAACAUGUAUGUCACAGGAUGCACAGAGGUAGAGGUGAAAUCCACAGAAGAAGCUUUUGAAGUGUUUUGGCGAGGUCAAAAGAAGAGGCGGAUUGCAAACACUCAGCUGAAUCGAGAAUCCAGUCGCUCUCACAGUGUUUUCAUUAUCAAGUUGGCUCAGGCACCACUGGAUGCAGACGGAGACAACGUGCUGCAGGAUAAAGAGCAGAUCACUUUAAGCCAGCUGUCUUUAGUUGAUCUGGCUGGAAGUGAAAGAACCAAUAGAACAAAAGCUGAAGGGAACAGGUUGCGAGAAGCAGGUAAUAUUAACCAGUCACUGAUGACAUUAAGAACAUGCAUUGAAAUCCUGCGGGAAAACCAGAUGUAUGGAACAAAUAAGAUGGUUCCAUACAGAGAUUCCAAACUGACUCAUCUCUUCAAGAACUAUUUUGAUGGUGAAGGGAAAGUGCGUAUGAUUGUGUGUGUUAACCCUAAAGCUGAGGACUACGAGGAGAGCCUGCAAGUGAUGCGCUUUGCAGAGAUGACGCAGGAGGUUGAAGUGGCAAGACCUGCCGACAGACCCAUCUGUGGCUUGACACCAGGCCGGCGCUUCAGGAAUCAGGCCUUCAGAGAGGAGCUCCAAAGGAAGCUGGAGAUGAGGGGGGGCCCGAUAAAUGAAGAGACAGAAGAGCAAGCUGUUUCAGAGCUGCUUUUGCAGAACUUUCCUCCCUUGCCUUCAUGUGAGCUAUUGGAUAUUAACGAUGAUCAAACACUUCCAAAGGUGAUUGAAGUCCUGGAACAACGCCAUAAACUACGGCAAAUGUUGUCAGAGGAGAUUGCCAAAACCGUGCAUGCGUUUAAAACAGUGCUGCAAGAAUUUGACUCCAGUGUUGCAUCCAAGGAAAACUAUAUUCAAGGAAAACUGUCUGAAAAAGAGAAAACAAUAGCAGGGCAGAAAAUGGAGCUGGAACGCCUGGAGAAGAAAAUAAAGACCUUGGAAUACAAGAUUCAUAUCUUGGAGAAAACUGCAACAAUUUAUGAAGAAGACAAACGUAAUCUUCAGCAAGAGCUAGAAAGCAAGAGCCAGCAACUGCAGCGUCAGGCUUCGGACAAGCGCAGGAUGGAGGCACGAUUGCAAGGCAUGGUGACAGAAACCAGUGUGAAAUGGGAGAAGGAGUGUGAGCGUCGUGUGGCAGCAAAGCAGCUGGAAAUGCAGAACAAACUUUGGGUUAAAGAUGAAAAACUGAAGCAGCUGAAGGCCAUUGUUACUGAACCAAAGCAUGAGAAACCAGAGAGGCCUUCACGAUUGAGAGACCGAGAGAAGCCUGUUCAGAGAGCAGUGUCUCCUCCACCAGCACCUCCUCCUAGUAACCCUAUUACUCAGGUCCCUAACAGCCAGCGGCUCGUGAGCAACCCGCGGGUGCACAGACGUUCUAACUCUUGUAGCAACAUUUCUGUGGCAUCCUGUGUUAUGGAAUGGGAGCAGAAAACCCCUUCGCACAAGCCUGCCAGUGGCACUUCUAAUGCAAGGAAUAGACAACAAGAACCAGAACAAAAUAGAGACUAUAACAGCUCAAACAGAAGGCGAGGGAUGUGCUGGACUGGAGUCACUGAGCUUCCCAGGCAUAGAGAUGAGCUAGAAAUAGAAGAGGAUCGAUGCCACAGGAGCGCACAUCCAGUUCGGCUCAGACACAGACGGUCCCGCUCAGCUGGGGAGAGAUGGGUGGAUCAUAAACCCCCUUCUAAUGUGCCCACUGAGACAGUCAUGCAGCCUCAAGUGCCUCAUGCCAUCACGGUGGCAGCUGCAAGCGAAAAGGCGCUAGCUAAGUGUGACAAGUACAUGCUGACGCACCAGGAGCUAGCCUCUGAUGGGGAGAUUGAGACUAAGCUCAUUAAGGGUGAUGUUUUCAAGACCAGAGGUGGUGGACAGGCUGUGCAGUUCACUGAGAUAGAGACUCUGAAGCAGGAAUCUCCAACUGGUCGAAAACGAAGAUCAUCACCUUCCAAUCGUGACCAGCCUGAGGAUGCUGCAGACUCGGAAUGGACUGAUGUGGAAACCAGAUGCUCUGUGGCAGUGGAGAUGAGGGCAGGAUCAGCUCUCGGACCUGGGUAUCAGCAUCAUGCUCAGCCCAAGCGAAGAAAACCAUGAACUUCAUGUGCUACUGCAUUGGAUUCCUCUUGAUCUUAUCAGACUGAUGUAAUCUCUGCUGCCAAUGAUAAACCUGAUGAAAACUGCUGUGCUAUCCCCACAGGCUGGUGUUUAUAUAACCUCCUGUGGUAGGCAAUGGUUAAAUGGGAGAUACCUCUUGCAGUCCCAAAGAAGCAUGUGCGUGGCUGUGUGUGUUUUCAGUAGAUAUCAGGGGUUCUGCUGAAGAACCUUCUGUCUUGUAUGUAUUGAGCUGUAUCUUUAUAGACUAAUGACACAAGGCUUUUGCCUUGCAUUUAUUUUUCCAGCUUUUUAUAGUGCAAAGUACUUCUGGUCACUCUCCCUUGUCAGGUCCUCUGUUUCAGAGUCAUAAAUGCUGCUAUGUAUUUAGAUGCAGUAACGCACUUUAAGAGUGUUUCUAUGCCAUUUCAUAUAUUAUGAUAACCAGCAUAACAUGGCUUUCUUCUCAGAAGAAUUACCUUGGAUUAUUUAAUACUCAAAUCAGCUUGUAAAGAAAACAUUUCAAUCUCCAAACUUUCCUAGCAAUGAAGUAAGAAAAUGAUGGGUAAUGGUGACUUGACAUCAGACCUACUUUAUUUUGUAGUGUAAGUAAUUCAUGUUUUACAUCUGUAGAUACAGGGUAAAGGGGUAAUUUGCUCACACAUAUGGUGAGAACUUUAUAUACGUGUCUCUGCCAACCUGUUGAAAUAAAUACUUUUAUUCA